AUGGCAGACGACGGCUUCCAGGUUCUCCUUGUUUUCUUUGGACCAGCCCACGUGCUCGCCUGGCACAGCGCCCAGGUGCCAGGCAGUGCUGGCGACGGCAGCGCCGGCCCUCGAGGCUGCGGCCGCCGGGAACCGCGACCACUCCCCGGUGACCAGCGCUUUGGGAGACCCGACGACAACGCCAUAUCCCCCCUGAACUUGGGGGGCAGCCCGGGCAGCCACCACUGGAGGCCCCAGGGGCAGCUGCCCCCCGUGCUGGGCCUGGCCCAGCCGAAGAGAUGGAGACCGAACCGCCCGCCCGCGAGCCCGUCCCCGUCCAGACCGAAGGCCGAGCCCGCGGACCCUCUGAGAUCUCCAGGCACCACUUCCAGGGCCUCGACCAGGCCCUCGAGGACGCCGGAGUCUGCAGAGGCCUCAGCCCACGUCCUGAGGAAGCCAUGCCCUUCGAGGUCCAGCAGCCCCGCCUGGGAGGCUUCAGGCCUGCUGGGAAGCGGCCUGGGGACCCCACUGGGGCCCAGGCGGGCCUUGAGGCCUCCCGCCCACCGCUCAUGGAGCCUGGGGCCUCCGGAAAUGCCACGCCCAGCUCGGGAAGCUAUAGCCCUCCACCAGAAGAAGCGAUGCCCUUCAAAUUCGAGCAGCAGCCUGCCCAGGGAGGCUGCGGCCAGCCUGUCUUGCAGGGCUCAGACCUGGCGCCGGGCGGCCCAGGUACUAGGGUCUUCAACGCUGCUCCCGGGGAGCCCGCGGCCCUCGGAUCCGCCGGAGGGGGCUUCAGACCAGGCCGGAGCCCUCCUCCUGAGGAGGCUAUGCCAUUUGAGUUUGAUGGAGCCACCAGAGGGAAAGGCAGCCCACCCCCCGGGCUCCCCGGAGCUAUCCCAGAGAGCGUCGGUGGCGGCCAGUUCCCGGCAGUCGCGGCCUCGAGUGCGGCCCUCCUCGCUGCCGCCGAGAACGAGCCCCCCCUCUGGGUCCCAGGCGCCAUCGGCAGCCCAUCCCGAGAGGCUGAACGACCUCCUGCACCUUCCGCAGGCGGCAGCCCCCGGAUGGAGGUCUCCGGACCCUCGCUCGAGAUUGGCAGCGCCCCCAUCGGGGUCCACGACGCUCCCGUCAACAUGGACAGCCCCCCAAUGGCGCUUGACGACCCGCCCAUCGAGGUCUCCCGAGCCCCAGUUAAGAGAGAGCGAGCAGAGGGAGAGAGACCCCCAGCUGAGGGAGCAGCAGCCGAGAUGGAGGGAGCCAACCCCCUACACGGACGGCUGGACGAAGCUCUGGCCCCAGCCCGGGGAGUAUGACUGCCAGAAAACGGACGGCAAAACGGACGGGCGGGACGGGAAUCUGGGUAAACGGGAUGAUAGGAGCAGCGACGCGCACAGAGCAGGCGCCGCGGCGGCGACGCACGCGGAAAAGCCACUGCACCUCCGAGGGCUCUGCGACGAGGAAACCGUGUCGCAAGCUAUGCGGGACCGACCCGUCGGCUUCCGUCUAGUAGGCGGCGGAGUCCGGGUCCAGGCUCGAGGCGGCCUCAUUCAGGCGGGGAAGGAGACUUUCUGGGCAGCCUGUCCGUGGCCCAGCUGGUCGCCCCAGGAAGCCGUGACAGUCCGCAACGCCCCGAGUCGUCCUGAGGCCCUUGAGUCGUCCUCGGUCGUCCUCGAAUGCCCUUGGGAGAAAGGCUCCCCCAUAAGCAUAUUCCUCAAGCGCAAGCUUCCGAGGCCUGCACCACCCCCCGCCACGCUCGCUCUGCGUGUCUCUCCACCGCCGACUACUCGCUUCCGGCGGAAGUUUGAGCUAAAAAAGCCAACGCACGGACUGUGUGGGAAGCGGUGGCCUGCCGCUGGCCUGGGCUGUGUGCGGCCGCCUGGGCCGCUCGUGGUCCCACAGUCCGGGGCGCAGAUCGGCGACCCUGCAGGCUGGUUCACAGCCGACCGCAGCCUGCGUCCGCCCCAGCAGCAGGACGAGCCCCGAGCGCCCCGCGGGCUCCGCGCGACGCUCACCCUGCCGCUGCAGCGGGGCACCACGCAGGGCCACGGGCGGGCUCGGGGCCGCGAAGCUGGCGCCCACGGGCCCUCCAUGCGCUACAGCGGGCGGAGGAGCGAGGGGUGCUGGCCGCUGCGGGCGGCCACUGUCACCCCGGGGCAGGCUGGACCCCUCAGCACCGUGGCAACGACGCAGACUGUGGACCUGAUUUGA